AUGGAAGUGGACAGCGACAAUGACUUGCUUGGCAGGACAGCCGCCGGAGAGCUCGUGGCUUCAGAGGCCUGGCCAGCCCUGCGCGACGAGCUUCUUGAGCGCUUAGACAAGAUCGUUCUCAACGAGUUCCCCAUCCCCAAGCUGCCACCCCCCCUGCCGCGCUCGCGGUAUCAGGACACACGACGGCCCAUCUCCCCGCCAUCAUCGCCACCCGCCAGCGAGCAGUUUCCCGACGACGCCAACAAGGAGAAUGCGCCCGCACAAGAGCAACAGCCCGCGCCCGCGGCCGAGAAGACAGAGCCAGGCGCGCCGGCAUCUCAGUCGCAGUCGUCGCUGCCGCCGCCGCCGCAGCAGCAGCAGCAACAACCCUCCUCGUCGCAGACCCAGGAGCCCGGCGCGCUGCCCAAGCAGCUCGCGGACAUGGUGGACAAGAGCCACAUCGCGAGCUUCAAGUCGUACCCGCCACACACGAUCCAGCGCAUCGCCGAGCUGAUCCUGCGCCCGCGCGCGCACUACAAGGCGCUGGCGUCGUACCUGCACGCCCUGGACAGGGUCGCGGCGGUGACCUCGGGGACGGACACGUACCCGCUGCCGCCGCCGAUCCCGGACAUGUCCUCGAUCCAGCUCAACGGCGACGAGCCCAACGACCCCGCCAUGGCCGUGUCGUGGAGCAACCCGACGGCGGUGGCGGUCGGCUCGGACGAGGCCCUGGGGGGAGCGCUGUUGACGCCCAUUCCCUGGCUGGUCAGGAGGAGCACGCCUCCCGAGAGCGUCAGCGAGGCGGCGGCGGCGCCGACGACGACAGGCGCGCAGAUCCACAGCGAGAGCACCGAGACGAUUGAAGGGCCCAACGGCGUGGGAAGCAUCGAGACCGUUUCCGUCAGCAUCAACGGCGUGCCGUCCAUGGGGGCCUCGAGGGGCGUCACGCAAGGCGAGCUGCUUAGGCAGGAGCAGAGGGCCGGCAUCGUCCCCGUCAGCCAGCUCACCAAGGGACACGACAUGAUGGGCGAGGGCGGACGUACUGCGGGUCCGGGUCCGUCAGAAGAUCAUCCCAUGGGUGACGAGGAGGACGAGGAGGACGAGGAGGAGGCGCCGCAUGUGAGGGGACCAGACGAGAUUGGCAUUGGCGACACGGGCCCUCAGUCGGAGACGACGAGCCUCGUGGGCGAAGACGGCAUCGAGAUGCAGGGCAUCGACCUCGAGGCCGCGGUGGGCCGGAAACACGCUGAAGAAAAGGACGCAGCAGCGGUCGAAGAGGCGUCCCCGGUUAGGGGUCAGGAUGCGGAGGACGGCAGCAGUAAGCCCUCGUUUGAGCGGUCCAAGAGCCCCAGCGCCGAGAGCGUUGCCUCAAAGCGCGAAGCGGAGGACGAUCUCGAGGACGACGUCGUGGCGAAGAAGGUCAAGGAGGAUAAUACGGCUGAGGAUGGGGAGGAUACCAAGAUGACGUCUGGGACGCCCUCUCCUGAAGCUGCUGCAAAGGGCGAGGAUGACAAAGAGGGUGAUGAUGCCAAGGAAGAGGACGCGGAUAAGAAGGAUAAGGAUGCUGCCAAGAUGGAGGAGGGUGCGUGA